GCGGCGCUGGGGCUCAGCAUGGCGGAGGUGGCGGCCGCUCCCGCUGCGCCCGCGAUCCGGAGCCGCCGGCGCUGAGCCGGAGCCGCGCCGAGCCGGCGGCCGGACCUGCCUCCCCCCCCCUCCCCAAACACCCCUUCCCCGCCCUGUCAUCCCCUCCGCCCGCCAUGGCGGAGCCGGCGGCCGCGGGCGUCUCCUCGCUGCCCCGCGAGGUCCGCGAGCAGCUGGCCGAGCUGGAGCUGGAGCUCUCCGAAGGGGACAUCACACAAAAGGGGUAUGAGAAGAAGAGAGCAAAGCUUCUGGCUCCAUAUCUUCCACAAACCCAAGGGGUUGAUCCAGCGUUACAGAAGGAGUCCAGAACUCAGAUGCCCGUUCCAUCUGCAACUCCAGCCUCAGCAUCAUCAUCGUCAUCAUCAUCCUCAUCCAAAUUUCACCGAGCUCGCUCCGGGGGAGCCAGAGAUGAACGCUAUCGAUCUGAUAUCCACACAGAAGCAGUUCAGGCAGCGCUGGCAAAGCACAAAGAACAGAAGAUGGCCCUGCCUAUGCCAACGAAACGACGCUCUACGUUUGUUCAGUCUCCAGCUGAUGCCUGCACUCCCCCAGACACGUCUUCCGCAUCCGAGGACGAGGGGUCGCUAAGGCGCCAAGCUGCUCUUUCUGCUGCAUUGCAUCAGAGCUUACAGAAUGCUGAGUCUUGGAUCAACCGAUCUAUUCAGGGGUCAUCCACAUCUUCAUCAGCAUCUUCUACACUUUCCCAUGGAGAAGGCAAAGGGACCAGUGGGUCACUAGCUGAUGUAUUUGCCAAUACUCGAAUAGAAAAUUUCUCAGUUCCCCCAGAUGUCACAGCAACUACCUCCACGUCCUCAGCACGGCCAGCAGCGAUUGACCUUCCUCCUUCAGGGAUCGUGAAAGGCAUGCACAAGGGAUCUAACCGCUCUAGUCUCAUGGAUACUGCUGAUGGUGUUCCUGUGAGUAGUAGAGUCUCCACGAAAAUUCAGCAGUUGCUUAACACCUUGAAAAGACCUAAAAGGCCACCCCUGAAAGAAUUUUUUGUGGAUGAUUUUGAAGAAAUUGUGGAAGUUCCGCAGCCUGACCCAAACCAGCCCAAGCCAGAGGGACGCCAGAUGACGCCUGUGAAGGGAGAACCCCUGGGAGUUGUUUGUAACUGGCCUCCUGCCUUAGAAGCGGCACUGCAGCGCUGGGGAACCACACAAGCGAAAUGCCCCUGUCUGACAGCACUGGAUGUUACAGGAAAACCGGUUUAUACUCUCACAUAUGGCAAAUUGUGGAGCAGAAGUCUCAAGCUGGCCUACACACUGCUUAAUAAACUGGGGACCAAAAAUGAACCCGUGUUAAAACCCGGAGAUAGGGUAGCCCUUGUUUAUCCCAACAAUGACCCAGUCAUGUUUAUGGUGGCAUUUUACGGCUGUCUCCUAGCGGAAGUCAUACCAGUGCCUAUAGAGGUACCUCUUACCAGAAAGGAUGCUGGUGGUCAGCAGAUUGGUUUUCUGCUGGGAAGCUGUGGUAUUGCUUUGGCCCUCACCACUGAAGUUUGUCUGAAAGGGCUUCCGAAAACCCAAAAUGGAGAAAUUGUGCAGUUUAAAGGUUGGCCCAGACUCAAAUGGGUUGUGACAGAUUCAAAAUAUCUCUCCAAAUCUCCUAAGGACUGGCAGCCCAACAUCUCAGCUGCAGGAACUGAGCCAGCAUAUAUUGAGUACAAGACGAGCAAAGAGGGCAGCGUUAUGGGCGUUACGGUGUCUCGGAUUGCCAUGCUGUCUCACUGUCAAGCCUUGUCUCAGGCCUGCAACUAUUCCGAAGGUGAAACGAUAGUGAAUGUUUUGGAUUUUAAGAAGGAUGCAGGGUUGUGGCAUGGCAUUCUGACGAAUGUAAUGAACAAGCUGCAUACUAUCAGCGUGCCCUAUUCUGUGAUGAAAACCUGUCCGCUCUCGUGGGUGCAGAGAGUUCAUGCCCACAAAGCAAAAGUUGCUUUAGUCAAGUGUCGAGACUUGCACUGGGCCAUGAUGGCCCAUCGAGACCAAAGAGACGUCAGUUUGAGUUCUCUGCGCAUGCUGAUUGUAACCGAUGGUGCAAAUCCCUGGUCUGUUUCCUCAUGUGAUGCCUUCCUGAGCUUGUUUCAGAGCCAUGGGCUUAAGCCAGAGGCAAUUUGUCCAUGUGCCACAUCUCCAGAAGCGAUGACUAUUGCAAUACGGAGGCCUGGGGUCCCCGGGGCACCUUUGCCUGGAAGAGCCAUCCUGUCCAUGAACGGCCUGAGUUUUGGUGUGAUUCGUGUCAACACCGAAGACAAAAACUCUGCUCUCACUGUCCAGGAUGUUGGCCACGUGAUGCCAGGAGGAAUGAUGUGUAUCGUGAAACCUGAUGGACCACCUCAGCUCUGUAAAACAGAUGAAAUUGGUGAAAUCUGUGUUAGCUCCAGAGCAGGAGGAAUGAUGUAUUAUGGGCUGGCAGGGGUGACAAAGAAUACAUUUGAGGUUAUCCCUGUGAACUCGGCUGGCUCGCCCGUGGGUGAUGUGCCCUUUGUCCGCUCCGGCUUGCUGGGGUUUGUUGGACCUGGCAGUUUGGUGUUUGUGGUUGGAAAAAUGGAUGGAUUGCUGACCGUUAGUGGACGUAGACAUAAUGCCGAUGACAUUGUAGCAACUGGAUUGGCAGUAGAGUCAAUAAAAACAGUUUACAGAGGAAGGAUUGCUGUGUUCUCAGUGUCAGUCUUCUAUGAUGAGAGGAUUGUGGUGGUUGCAGAGCAGAGGCCAGAUGCAUCCGAAGAGGACAGUUUUCAGUGGAUGAGUCGGGUGCUGCAGGCGAUUGACAGCAUUCACCAAGUGGGUGUAUAUUGCCUUGCUCUUGUGCCAGCCAAUACAUUGCCAAAAACACCGUUGGGAGGGAUCCAUAUCUCUCAAACUAAACAGCACUUUCUGGAGGGCUCUCUGCAUCCGUGCAACAUCCUCAUGUGCCCGCACACGUGUGUGACGAACUUGCCAAAACCCAGGCAGAAACAACCAGGCGUUGGCCCUGCCUCUGUGAUGGUGGGGAACCUGGUUGCUGGGAAGCGUAUCGCUCAAGCCUCUGGAAGAGAUCUUGGUCAAAUAGAAGACAAUGAUUUAGUUAAAAAGCACCAGUUCCUGACAGAGGUAUUGCAGUGGAGAGCUCAAGCAACUCCUGACCACCCACUCUUCCUUUUAUUAAAUGCCAAGGGAACCACUGUGUGCACGGCCACCUGCCUUCAGUUGCACAAAAAAGCUGAGAGAAUUGCAUCAGUUCUGUGUGACAAAGGACAUCUCAAUGCAGGAGACAAUGUGGUGCUUCUUUAUCCUCCUGGCAUUGAGCUAAUCACCGCGUUCUAUGGCUGUUUGUACGCUGGCUGCAUCCCCGUGACCGUCAGACCACCUCAUGCUCAGAGCCUCACUGCUACUCUGCCCACUGUGCGAAUGAUCGUGGAAGUCAGCAAAGCUGCCUGUAUUCUCACAACCCAGACCUUAAUGAGACUACUGAAAUCCAGAGAGGCAGCUGCUGCUGUAGAUGUGAAAACCUGGCCAACCAUCAUUGACACAGAUGACUUGCCCAGGAAGCGACUGUCUCAGAUCUAUAAGCCACCUACGGCUGAAAUGUUAGCGUAUCUAGAUUUUAGUGUUUCCACAACAGGCAUGCUUACAGGAGUAAAGAUGUCCCACGCAGCAGUGAGUGGCCUUUGCAGGGCAAUCAAGCUUCAGUGUGAGCUCUACUCCUCUCGGCAGAUCGCAAUCUGUCUUGACCCCUAUUGUGGACUAGGUUUUGUGCUCUGGUGCCUAUGCAGUGUGUAUUCUGGACACCAGUCAAUUUUAAUUCCUCCUAUGGAGCUGGAAUCCAAUCUUUUUCUCUGGUUAUCUACUGUCAGCCAGUAUAAAAUAAGGGACACUUUCUGUUCCUACUCAGUCAUGGAACUGUGCACAAAGGGACUUGGAAACCAAGUUGAAAUGUUAAAGGCACGAGGAAUUAAUCUGUCCUGUGUCCGGACUUGUGUGGUAGUUGCAGAGGAAAGGCCGCGCGUUUCUCUCACUCACUCCUUCUCCAAACUCUUCAAAGACAUCGGCCUGUCCUCUCGUGCUGUAAGCACCACCUUCGGGUCAAGAGUCAACGUUGCUAUCUGUUUACAGGGAACGUCUGGGCCUGAUCCCACCACGGUGUAUGUAGAUCUGAAAUCCUUGAGGCAUGACAGAGUACGUCUGGUGGAAAGGGGAGCUCCACAAAGCCUCCUGCUCUCAGAAUCCGGGAAGAUUUUACCUGGAGUCAAAGUAGUCAUCGUGAAUCCGGAGACAAAAGGGCCUCUUGGAGAUUCUCAUCUUGGGGAGAUUUGGGUAAAUAGCCCCCACACAGCCAGUGGCUACUAUACUAUCUACGACAACGAAACCCUUCAAGCUGAUCAUUUCAACACUCGCCUGAGCUUUGGCGAUGCCGCUCAGACGCUUUGGGCUCGGACUGGAUACCUUGGUUUUGUUCGUCGCACUGAGCUCACAGCUGCCAGCGGAGAGCGCCACGAUGCACUGUACGUUGUUGGAGCACUGGAUGAAACGCUGGAGCUGAGGGGACUGCGGUACCAUCCGAUUGACAUUGAGACUUCUGUAUCUCGAACACACAGAAGCAUUGCUGAAUGUGCCGUAUUCACGUGGACCAACUUGCUCGUGGUGGUUGUGGAGCUGUGUGGCUGCGAACAGGAAGCCCUGGAUUUGGUUCCUCUAGUUACAAACGUGGUCCUGGAAGAACAUUACCUAAUCGUGGGCGUGGUGGUGGUGGUGGAUCCUGGCGUUAUUCCUAUCAAUUCCAGAGGAGAGAAACAACGAAUGCAUCUCCGCGACAGCUUUCUAGCCGAUCAGUUAGACCCCAUAUACGUGGCCUAUAACAUGUAACACGUAUGGGGGAAGUGAUGUUCAGAAACUUUGCGGGACCACUAAGUGACAAAGGGUGGCUGUAGAAAUGAAGCUGGUGAAUAUUACUAAUACUUGAUCUGAAGUUUGAGCUUGCUGCCAUAUUCCCUUCAUCUCAUCCUGUGGUGUUAAGAUCCCGUUAACUACCAGCGGACAAAAGGAAAUGUGGUAGACAAUGGAAAACACUUGUAACAGUUUACUGAAAUACUAGCUUUAUAGAAAAUGCAAAGUUGACAAGUGUGUGAGCUACAAAAUUCCUAAGGCCUUUACAGUAGUGUUACUUUUUUCAUCUGUUGUACAUAUUUGUAUUUUUAUCUAAUACUGUUUUAGGAUUCUAUAAGGGGAGGGUUUAUUUAGUUAAGAUAAUAAACUAUUAAGAAAAGGGUCAUCAGAGUUCCGCAGUUCCCUACUAUAUAAUGUACUUUGCAUCUGUACUGUAGCGAUUCAUUCCAUGGGAUCACACAACUUAUUUAAAAUUGUGCCAUGACCAAAUCAAUAACUUACGGAAUCUAAGAGUUACUUAUUCAUAUAGAUAUUUCUUGAAUUUAAAAAAGAAUUUUGCCUAUAUUUUAAAUAUGUAAAUAUUAUUAUACAUAAUUCACUUAGAUAGAAAAUUAACUUGGAUAAUGAUGACAGCUGAAGGUAGAAAUUUUUAAGGACAAGUAACUUUUGUGGUCCUUAGCAUAAUUACAUUUGGUUAGGCGACUAAUGUGAGAUACACGCAUCUUUCACAAGUUUUCCUAUUUCAGUAUGUAGUCUUUUAUUGCUGGCCAGAAGUGUGUCAGAGCACGUAGAAACCUGUGAUUUUAAGGCACGUCUUUCUAAAGGAGGCUGAACUUAAAGGGGAGCGUGGAAUUUGGUAGAAAUCGCAGUGCAAGUGCAAAAUGCUGAACUGGUGUGAUGCCCCCCCUGAGGGGCAGCCUCUGCCUCCGCCCUCGGCGACACCUUUAAAAGGGGAAAAAAAUCCUUUAGCUUGACACACAGUUAAAGUCGCUGUUUGUGCAAUUCGGUCAUUAUUCCAUUCAGUUCCCUUUUGGUAGAUCAAGAAAUACUGUAAAUAGGCUUUAACGUAAACUGGGAGGAGGCAACAACCCACUUUUCCUCAAAGCAUUCACUAGGAAGAAUUAGAAAAUUCUGGGGUUUAACUUGAAUGCAAUUAUUCUUUUACAGGAGGAGGCACAAAAAUGAGAUAGAGCAAUUCUGGGAAACGAGUUGUUAAAUAACUUUGUGAAAAUUAAUAUCCCGGCCUUCAAAAUACUGCGUCGGCUUUCACAUUAGUAAAUGUAAAGAAAGAGAAGCCUGAGAGUAGCGGGUUUAAGCUCUUACUGUUCGGAAGCAAUUGCACAGCGGGCUGAGGGAGGGACGGUGCUUAAGCUUUGACUCAAAAUUACCUUUCUUUUGUCUAAUACUUAAUAAUCUUUUAAGAACGAUUAAAUUCCUCUGGGUGUUGAGAAAAUACAAUUUUGGAAGCAAGGAGAGCUCGUAGUACCAGAUACUGCAACAGGGUUUUUUUGAGUCAAAUGUGGUAUACAGUGUAAAUAACUUGUUAUUAAAAUGUUCCAGAUUACCUCACUCAAAGUUUUGGGGCAGUUUUUAAAAUGUUUAUAGAAUGAUGAACUCAGAAGAUCCUGUGGCAGUUAUCAGAGUGUAUCUGUAAGCAAACCCCAGUUUUGUUCUUGAAAAACCCCUGAAGCGUUCUGUUAGUUCCUCACUUGAAGGCAGGAGUGUUAAAAUUUAGAUAAGAAAUUCUGAAUGUUAUUUUUGAAAAUUAUUUGGCGGGGGAAUAGAUUUAAAAACUGGAAGCUGUGAUGGCAAGUCCAGAGGGAAGAGCCCUUUGCAAACGCUUCGGUUCCCAGGUGCACGCACACCCCUGCGGAAUCUCUGUGCCCGCCGCAGCGCUCCGGCAGCACCGCGGUGCUCGUGGUCUCGCGCGGUGGGUGCUGCGUUCGCAGUAGGGAUGGGCUCUGGACUCUCACGGUGUGCAGCCCAAACACCUGUGCGUCACGUCUUUAAUAUAUUUAGUUUUAACAAAUUGGCCACAGUGAGGCAAGUGGCGGGUGUAACUGUGACUAACGGAGUUGGUCCUGCGACUUAUUUAGGGUGUAAAGGGCACAAAAGUUGUUCUCCCUUGUCAGCCGGCAAAGUCUUGUUGUUAGGUGUUAUGCAUCACUUCAUUUUUUCUGUUUUCUUGCACCGCAAAGUGACUUGCAGCACAGCGUCACCUCAGUGUUGCCCGUUUCAGAAAAAAAUUCUGAUGGUCUUGACCUUUUUCUCACUCAAAUCAAAGCUUUAGAUAAAUUGUUUCGACAAAUACUUUAUUUGUCCACUGAAGUGGAUUUUAAGUCCAAUUCUAGGAUUGACUUUUAUUUUUACUCGCAAUUUUUCAGGAAUAAAAAAGGCGUGUAUUAAUUUGAGCAAAGAUUCCCAGUAUGUGGCAGACUGACGUUCUGAAAUGGCAUUUUUGAAUGCCAUACUGGAUUAUCUUGAUUAUUUUUUUUCCUUGUUUUUUAUUUGGAUAGGUAUUGAUAGCUGCUUAGGGCUUGGAGUUUUAUCUUGCAAGUUGACUGUGUAACUCUUAAUCUUUAUUCUGGCACGUUACAUUUCUCCCUGUUGGAGAGCUAUAAGUUUACAGUCCUGCCCAUGGAAUGCGAUAACAUUCCAUUCAUGGCCAGUCAGUGCCGCGGAGCAGCUGCCCGGUUCUGCCAGCGUUGGGUGCUUUGGCCCCUGUUCGGCACAGCGAAAAGCCACGGCCUGGAGGGGAAGAGGCGCAGAGCUGUGACUCCGAAACCCCCGUUUCUGACUCACGCUCCACUAACGACCUGCCGCGAGGCCCACGGGCCUUUCACUCCUUCUGCUGCCUCAUCUGUAGAUGAGGAUAUAAUCUAAUAAUAUGAUCUAAGCCUCACGCGUCCCUUUGAGGUAACCAACUGGUUUUCCGUGCUGGCCCCUCCGGGGCUGGGCGUUUGUUCCUCCAGAGCGGCAGGUGAUGGUCAGGUUGUGCAGGGCCAUCGGGGACGGGACCGUUCCCCUUCGCGAUUGUCGCUUGGUGUCGUACGUCCGAGAACGAGCCGAGACAGAAGCCUGGCGGCCGCUCACGUUGCACACUCAGGUUCACUCUCCGAUGCUUUUCCGUAGCUGCCGGGUCCGGUGCUGAGCCCCCGAAGCCGCCUCGCGGGGCCGCUUUGCUUUGCAGCUUGCCCGCUUGCAAAAGGCAAACUAUUUCCUACUGUUGUCCAUCAGAUUCCAAGCGAACAGCUGCAGUGAAACUUAAAAACUAGGAAUUCCUAACACUCUGAACUAAAAUAUUUUGUAUGUCUGACUGUUUAUGAAUACUCCCUAAGCAAAAUGUGUGGGUACAGGUAAAUCCCAGUCCUGUGCCGUUAAAAUGUGCACUGCGUUUCUGAUUUAAAUAAAUGUAAUUAAGAUGCGUCAUACUAACGGUCCUAAAAAUAAGGUUGUAAAAACGAGAUAAAUUUUAGCCCUAAAUGCAGUUUUUCUUUAAUUUCUGUCGACCUAUUUACCAUUGUCAAAUUCAGACUACAGCAUUAUGUAAUUAUGUAUAAAGUUUUUAUUUAUUUAAAGUUAGAUUAGCUAUACAUUUUUAAAUUUAACAUCUGGCUGGACAGUGUUCCAUUAACGCAUUGAUUGUGUUUCCUUUGUCUUGUGUUAAUAAAUAUUGAUGCCUGA